AUGGCAUCUACUGAAUCAGUAAACGUCCCAUUUAUCAAGAAGCGGAAGACAAGACCCACGACUACACGUCAACGUUCCGCCUCACCACCCAUCUCAUCUACCAACCCUACCGACCCCACUCCCUCCUCCUCAAAAUCCCAAGUCAUCCUCCCCUCUCGAAAAUCCACAUCCAAUCUUCUCACCGCCGGCACCAAACGCACCUCAUCACAGCGCCAAGCCGACGAUUCCGACGUCUGGGGCGACCUGGACGUUACUCGACGCGAAGGUCCAGGAGUCAACUGGACCUCGGCAGGUAGCCAUGUUAAUGCGGCGCUGCAGAUUCUAGAGGGCGAUGAGGCGGAGGAGAUGUUGGCGAAGAAGAUGAAGAGGGAUGCGGGGGAUGGAGAGGAUGAAGAAGGGCCGGACGAUGGGAUGUAUAGAGGGCAGAAGGCGUAUAAGACGCAUAUCAAGAAGAGCCAAGAGGUACCGAAGGCGAUGAGGACGGGUCCUCAGAGAAAUAAUAAUAGCACCAUUAGGACGGUGACGAUAACAGAUUAUCAGCCGGAUGUGUGCAAGGACUAUAAAGAAACUGGAUUUUGCGGCUUCGGUGAUACUUGUAAAUUCUUGCAUGACCGCGGGACAUACCUCGCCGGCUGGCAGCUGGACAAGAUUGCGGCGAAUCCAAAGAAGCAAGUCGGUGAUUCGGACUCAGACUCGGAUGGUUCUGACGACGAGGAUGUGCCAUUCGCAUGCCUCAUCUGUCGAAAGCCAUACACGGAACCCGUCGUCACUCGAUGCGGUCACUAUUUCUGCUCGGCCUGUGCUAUCAAGCGAUUCGGCAAAACGCCGAAGUGUGCGGCUUGCGGUGCACCGACAGGCGGCAUCUUUAACAGGGCGGAGAAGAUCAUGGAGAAGCUGAACAAGAAGAAGAAGAAAAAGGAAGAUAAAGAUGGCGAGGACUCGGGCGAAGAGGGGGCGUCGCAUGUGAGGAUCGAGGGAUUGGGUGAAGGGAGCGGAGGAGAAGAUGGUGGAUCUGGGAGUGAAGAGGAGGACGAGUAA